AUGCUUUCAAACCCUCUUCAUCGUUUCUCGGCAUACAAUGCCUUGCCGUCGAGCGGUAUGCUCAGUAAUGGACAUGUUCCUUCCAAUCACAUGCACUCGGGUCUCGAUACUCUAGCCCACGGAUCACAGUACGCCCUCCAACACCUACAACAGCACGUCGAUCAGCAGAAUUCUCAAGUUCAUAGGAAUCACAAUUCCAAACAUCGCCAACAUCCUUAUGGACAUGGGCCUGCUAGUGGCAGGUCCAAUGGCGCAGGUGUUUCUGGGCCGAUUAGACGGCGCAUCAGCAGAGCCUGUGAUCAAUGCAACCAGCUCCGAACGAAAUGCGACGGACAGGCACCGUGCGCUCAUUGUGUUGAAUUUGGAUUGGGAUGCGAAUACAUCCGAGAACGCAAGAAGCGAGGCAAGGCCUCACGCAAAGAUCUAGCACAGCAAGCGGCGGCAGCAGCAGCAAAUGGGCAGAAAUCUCCCACUGGUAGAUCUUCUGGAGAGAGAUCAGCUACUGAGUCUCGACAUGAGAGCGGCGGCUCAGCUACCACCUCCCUCGUAAACGACAAUAAUGACUUCAAACGACCUCAGGUGCAGAGAGCUCUAAGUUUGAACACAACGGGGCUUGACAAUGGAUCCGCGCGUGAAAACCUCAAGGGAAGGCUGCGAACUGGCAGCCUCGAGAGCCUCACCGAAAUGCCCCAUGGACAUCAGCCUCACUUGGUUAGUCGUGCAGAAGCGGAUCAAAUCGAAAGCCCCGCGUCCCUGAAUAUUAGCGGCUAUUCUAGCAUGCAUGGCUAUCGACCCGCCAUCAAUUCCCACCUGAUGAAUAGCAAUGGCGGUAACUUCAGUGCCGGACAGGGCUCUUUACCCGGCUACACAGACCUCCAGUAUGCCAUCCAAACUCAAAGCCCGACUCAUUAUCCGGGAAAUACUCCGGGACCCUUUCGUCUGGGCGAUAGCCCUCUACCCGGGUUUUCUAUGGGGUCGGAUGCCACAUCGCCGGGAGGAUGGAUGUCAUUGCCAUCACCAUCUAACCAGUAUCAACAACACGUGACACAGAACUUCAACACUCCUCUUCGUUACCCCGUCUUGCAACCCCUCGUACCGCAUUUGGGAAACAUCAUUCCUUUAUCCCUAGCCUGUGAUCUACUCGACUUGUACUUUGCAAGUUCAUCGUCAGCCUUGAUGCACCCGACGUCACCAUAUGUCCUGGGAUAUGUUUUCCGAAAACACUCCAUCCUCCACCCAACUAAACCGAGACGAUGUACCCCAGCGCUGCUGGCCAGUAUGCUUUGGGUUGUUGCUCAGACUAGUGAUGCCGCAUUCCUAACAGCACCUCCAUCGUCCCGGGGGAAGAUCUGCCAACGUCUACUGGAGCUUACUGUGGGCCUUCUGAAGCCUCUUAUCCAUGGUUCCUCCGACGGGGAUAGCUCGCCAAAUUUCUCCAACACUGUUAUUAAUGGUGUUGCCCUUGGAGGUUUGGGUGUUACUAUAUCUGGAUCUAUGAACUCUGAUAGCCUCACAGGAGAAACAGGAGCCUUUGGUGCUACUGGAACUCUUGAUGAUGUGGUGACCUAUAUCCACCUUGCCACCGUCGUCUCCGCGUCAGAGUAUAAGGGAGCCUCUCUCCGCUGGUGGAAUGCUGCUUGGUCUUUAGCACGUGAGUUGAAACUUGGAAGGGAGUUACCUCAAAGCAGCCUUACGACAAUGUCCCAGAGCACUGGCACAAUGUCCCCACAGCAGCCAGCAGCAGGUGUCAACGAUGUGGAUGCGGAUGGAGAAGCCGAUGAUGAUGUCCCGCACGGCACAAUCACAGAAGAAGAACGAGAAGAGCGGAGAAGGGUGUGGUGGUUGGCCUAUACUGUGGAUAGGCAUCUCGCUCUAUGUUAUAACAGACCUCUGUUCUUGUUAGACAUUGAGUGUGAUGGCCUUCUCCAACCCAUGGACGAUACGCUGUGGCAAGCUGGAGAAUUUUAUACUGGUGAUUCAAGCAUUCAUAUUACUUCCCCAAGUGGCACGCCACGGAUUAGAAGGAGAGGACCUAACUUUGAGUGUACUGGACAUAGCAUAUUCGGAUACUUCCUACCACUCAUGACAAUCCUCGGGGAGAUCGUAGAUCUCUAUCACGCUAAAAACCACCCUCGAUUUGGCAUCGGCUUUCGUUCAGCCCAGGAAUGGGAUGACCACGCCAGCGAAAUCGCCAGACAGUUGGAAGCCUAUGGUCAAAGUCUCCAAGAUUUCGAGGCCAGAAACCUCAGCACUCCAAUCGAAGAGCCCGGAAACCCGAUGGACGAAAGUAUUGACACUAAUACGGACCACACUGAAAUCGGCACGCCAUCCGUUCACUCAACCAAAACGACCUUAUCUGCUCACAUUUCCGAGGCCGAUAUACAAACUCGAAUUGUCAUUGCCUAUGGAACCCACGUGAUGCACGUCCUUCACAUCCUAUUGACAGGAAAAUGGGAUCCCAUUUCCCUACUAGACGACAACGACCUGUGGAUCUCCUCGCAAAGCUUCAUCAACGCCACCGGCCACGCAGUCAGCGCGGCGGAAGCCAUCGACCACAUCCUCGACUACGAUCCCGGACUCGAAUUCAUGCCGUUCUUCUUCGGUGUGUAUUUGCUUCAGGGGAGCUUUUUGCUCUUGCUAAUUGCAGACAAGCUACAAGUGCGUACUGAAAUUUCCCUUCUCCAUGAGAUGCGUCCGCAUGGAUGGAUACUGACUGGUAGCUGCUUUCAUCAGGUCGAAGCAUCCCCUAGUGUCAUCAAAGCGUGUGAGACGAUUGUGCGCGCACAUGAGGCUUGUGUGGUUACAUUGAAUACUGAGUAUCAGAGAAACUUCCGUAAAGUAAUGCGUUCCGCGCUAGCGCAGGUCAGAGGACGUGUCCCGGAAGACUUUGGCGAGCAGCAAUUACGGCGGCGAGAGGUGCUUGCUUUGUACCGCUGGACGGGUGAUGGAACCGGCUUGGCUCUUUGA